UGCUCGGUGAAAAAAGUGCGCGCGUGCCGCUCCGAUCGCUCGGGAUGUCAGUCAGAUGGUGCGUCGUCGGCACGGGAAUCAUUGCGUUGGUUUAAUGAGAGAACAAGACAGAUUGAAAGAGCGCAACAUCCGUAGAUGCAGCCAACAUGGAUUCCCACGUUGGUCUCGACUACAUCGUGGAUAAUCCCGAUUAUUGCGUCAAGCUCGCCUCAGCGUUGGAGACCGCAUGCCCAUCCGUGAAGAAGCAAGUCGUGAAGCUGCUGUCGGCGCUGUGCGUUUACAGCCAGGACGGCAGGCAGAGAGCCAUCGAUACUCUUCACACGUAUCAGGAGCGGAAGGGCGAGCGUUAUCGAUUGCGAGUCGUGGUCGACGAGCUGCAGAAAGCGACAGAGGAGGAUUACCAGACGGCACUGCUGGCAUUCAUAAAUUGUUUGGUCAUCUCGACGCCGGUGCUCAAGGAUCGCAUACGUAUUCGCAACGAGUUCAUCGGUCUCAAACUUCUACCGAUCCUGAACGAACUGCGAUUCGAUUAUUCAACACGAAAUGCAUGCUUUUAGACCGUUAUAGGUGUGACAGUCCGAUCGCUACACGCUUAUAUUAUAUUUUCAACUGUCAUGUAUCAUGAUAAAAGUGAUGAUACAAUUAAUGUGUAAUAAAUCAUAAAAUAACAGAGAAAAUUUUUAAUAAAAUAUUUUUGUGCAAGUUCCAACUUUUUCAUUCGUAAUUGGAUAAAAUGCGUACAACGUAUAUAAAAAAAUAUAUCUACUGUCAAAAUGCAUUAUAUCUAUGUUGAUAGCUGCUCACUCACGGAAUAAACGUAACGAAGGAACUCAUCAACGUUACAAAAAAGAA